AUGCUUUUUCACUUCACAUCAUUGCUGGCGACCAUUGCUGCCGUGACUGCCUAUCCCCAAGCCGCUGAUCCGAUAGAUCAAGGCCCCAUCAGCGGACCCUUCUUGCCUAACGGUACCGGUCCUGGGGAAUGCACUCCUGAAUAUAGACUAGCCGGCGCUCAACAAAUCAUCUUCGCAUACAACCGUGUGCAACCAGGAGAAUCCGCUGCUGCUUUUCAGAGAUUACCUCUUCGGGACGACUGUAAAGUCACAAUUCUCGCCAACGGCCUUCCUGGCGUCCCAGUCGCUAUUGACCGCACCACCACCGUGGAUUUCGCGACGGCUUCCCGUGAGGCUUUCUCUCGCGUCACGGGGAUUUACAAGGAUUUUCCUGAGAACGGCACGACGGUUAUUAAUACUAAUGUUACUCUUGGUGUUUUGCACGCUGUUGCACUCCCAGUGACUUUCAACGCUGAUGUAUACCUCGACUACGAUGUCAGCCAGUGUUUGAUGACUGCUAUUCGUGCGUACGCUCGUGUUCCGACGCAAGUUGGGGGCGUGGUUAUUGGGGAUUUGGUUAUGGAUACUCUUUUAUCAUUUUCGUCUAUUGGGGAAUAG